UUAUAAGACAAAGAUAUGAAAGCAGUUGAAAGUGGAGUAAAGGUUGAAGUGGAUUACGGGUGUCAAAUUUUAAAAGAAAAAGUAAGACUGAAUGGAAAUAUCUCAAGAGUCAUCAAAAGGAAACUUCCAAGAACCAAACAACCAACCAACCAAGCCGACCCAACCCAUCUUCUUCGCCGCUAUUUCUUUACUUUUACCGCUUACAACGCAUGGUCUUCUCCCUCCACUCACUUCUCUUUCUUUUCUCUUUACUCACCCAAUACUUCACUCUUUUGCUUAAAAGAAUAUAUAUCAAUUAUAGAGCUGAUGGGUGGCAUAAUAUCAAAACGAUCGACCACAUCACAGUCCUCAUCUGUAGCUUCUAAUUCAUAUUCAUGGGAUUCUCAUAGAUAUGCACAGCCAUCAAAUGCUCCCUCAGGCCAAGACUAUGUUCCAGAGCAGCGUUAUGCCCCUCCACAUCACAGUUAUGGCAGUCAUGCCCCAGAGUCGAAGAGGAGGUUGGAGAGAAAAUUUUCGAAGAUAGAUGAUAACUACAACAGCUUGGAGCAGGUCACCGAUGCCCUGGCCCGUGCUGGCCUGGAGUCUUCGAACCUUAUUGUUGGCAUUGAUUUCACUAAGAGCAAUGAGUGGACAGGUGCAAGAUCAUUCCACCGAAGAAGUCUACACCACAUUGGAGAUGAGCAAAAUCCAUACGAACAGGCAAUAUCCAUUAUUGGAAAAACAUUGUCUUCCUUUGAUGAGGAUAAUUUAAUUCCUUGUUUUGGAUUCGGAGAUGCAUCAACACAUGAUCAAGAAGUAUUCAGCUUCUAUCCGGAUGAGACGUUUUGCAAUGGAUUUGAAGAAGUGUUGAGACGAUACAGAGAAUUAGUCCCUAAUCUGAAACUUGCAGGGCCAACGUCAUUUGCUCCUAUAAUUGAAAUGGCCAUCACCAUUGUUGAGCAAAGUGGUGGGCAAUACCAUGUGUUGCUGAUAAUAGCCGAUGGGCAGGUGACUAGAAGUGUUGAUACAGAGCGUGGCCAACUAAGCCCACAAGAAAAAAAAACAGUCGAAGCAAUAGUAAAAGCAAGUGAGUAUCCGUUGUCUAUUAUUUUAGUCGGAGUUGGAGAUGGACCAUGGGACAUGAUGAGAGAAUUUGAUGAUAACAUUCCUGCCCGUGCCUUUGAUAAUUUCCAGUUUGUGAAUUUUACGGAAAUAAUGUCGAAGAAUAUGGAUAGGUCCCGAAAAGAGGCAGAGUUUGCUCUUUCAGCAUUGAUGGAAAUUCCGUCUCAGUACAAAGCAACGCUGGAGCUCAACAUAUUGGGUAAUACCAGGGGGAAGGCUAUUGAUAGGGUUCCCCUUCCCCCUCCUCUUUAUGGUGCUGGUUCUUUUAGCAACUCGAAACUUUCGUGGUCGAGCAGUUUUCGUCCAAGUGCACCUUCUUCCGCUAGACGUGAAGCACCAGUCCAAACCGCUCCUCCUGCAAGUUCUGCUUCAGAUAAUCAUCUUUGCCCUAUUUGCAUUUGCAAUGCAAAGGAUAUGGCCUUUGGUUGUGGACAUCAGACCUGUUGUGAGUGCGGACAAGACCUUCAGUUGUGUCCCAUCUGCCGAGGCACAAUCGAUACGAGAAUAAGACUCUAUUAAGCAUAAUAUGCUUUGCCUGGACUUGCUUAUGCUCUCUCUGUCGUCCAGCAUUCCAAGAGUAAGUCCUUUAAGUUUAUUGUGCAAAAGGCUUCAUAGUUGGCCAUGAUUGGAUGCGCAUCGGAUCUUUUCUUUAGAGAGAUUGGGCACCCGUCAUAUAUGUAUCCAAAGUUUUGUACAUAGUUGUGGAUUUCAUCGAACUAAAAAACUUAGUCAUAUAGCAUUAUCUAUUUCAGUAGAUCAUAUUGUUGUAAUGUAAUCAGGCACAGAACAACUGGGAACAGACAUGUCUCAUUGUCGGAUUAGCAUCCGUGCCCCAUGCCAACUGUAAUCUGUACUAUUUUUCGUGCUGUGAGAAUGCAUUUUCAGCCCCCAUUUAUUAACCUAUAA